GAUGGAUUCGAUGUGUUCAAUGCACUUGAUCUUAUGCAAAACAAAGAAUUCUUGGAAGAGUUGAAAUUCGGAAUCGGUGACGGUAAUCUACAAUAUUAUCUCUACAAUUGGAAGUGCCCUGACAUGACACCCGAGCAGAUCGGACUCGUUCUUCAGUGA